AACGAAAUGGCGGCUGUGACAAAGUUUUCGCCGCCCGUGUGAAGGAUUCGCGUCGGUCUGACGCGCGAGAACUCGAUAUAUCCGUCACCAGGGUGGCCUUAAAGGGACGCUCACAACUGGUGAGAAGACGUCGGGGCGCGUUUCAGUGCGCGAUAAAUUCGGGCGGCCCGAUGCGGGUCGCAAGCGUUUUUCUGAUCGCAAAUGAUGACUUCAAUGCUGCCCAGCUUUAACCCGCCAAUCGUGAAGCGGCUGCUGGGUUGGAAGAAGGCCGAGGGCGAGGACAAAUGGAGCGAGAAGGCUGUUAAGAGCCUCGUGAAGAAGCUCAAGAAAUCUGCGGGCCUCGAGGAACUCGAGAAAGCCAUCACAACGCAGAACUGCAAUACUAAGUGCAUCACUAUACCAAGGCCUAGCCCAGGAGGUGUUGGCGAUACUGGGGUGCAGGGAGUGCGGGGCAAGGGUCUACCGCACGUGAUCUAUUGUCGUUUGUGGCGCUGGCCGGAUUUGCAGUCGCACCACGAGCUCAGGGCUAUCGAGCAUUGCGAAUACGCCUUCACCCAGAAGAGGGACGAGGUCUGCGUGAACCCCUAUCAUUACCAGCGAAUACAGACACCAGUUUUACCGGCCAUACUCGUACCACGGCAUAGUCUAUCGGGUGACGAGUCAGUUCUUUACAAUACUUCCCUGGAGGAAUUGAGCGUAAGCGUACCCGAGAACACUAGUUUCCACGCCACCUUGAAUCAUCAGCAUCAUAAUCAACAGGGGAUACCGCAAUCCCCUCAGCAGCAACCAAAUAAUCCGUACCAAGGAAUGCAGAGCAUGCAGGCUACGAGUCCCGCUAGUGUUGGCAGCCUUGGCAGCGUUCAGGGCUCGCCGCAUCCACCUCCAGGAUCUAUGGAUCCUCCGGCUGAUACUCCACCGCCUGGAUACAUAAGUGAAGACGGUGACAAUAUGGAUCACAACGAUAAUAUGUCACUAUCGCGCCUUUCGCCUAGUCCUGUUGAUGCGCAACCUGUUAUGUACUGCGAGCCGGCAUUCUGGUGCUCCAUAAGCUACUACGAGCUGAACACGAGAGUCGGCGAGACAUUUCACGCAUCUCAACCAAGCAUAACCGUGGAUGGUUUCACGGAUCCUAGCAAUUCAGAACGUUUUUGUUUGGGUCUGUUGUCGAACGUGAAUCGUAAUACCGUAGUAGAGCAGACCAGACGACACAUUGGGAAAGGUGUCAGACUUUAUUAUAUCGGCGGGGAAGUCUUUGCGGAAUGUCUUUCGGACUCCAGUAUUUUCGUCCAGAGUCCAAAUUGCAAUCAGCGUUAUGGAUGGCAUCCGGCUACCGUUUGUAAAAUACCACCUGGUUGCAAUCUGAAGAUCUUCAAUAACCAGGAGUUCGCUGCUCUUCUCUCCCAGUCCGUGUCACAGGGCUUCGAAGCUGUUUAUCAACUAACGCGGAUGUGCACCAUUAGAAUGAGCUUCGUGAAAGGUUGGGGCGCGGAAUAUCGUCGGCAAACCGUUACGUCGACGCCAUGUUGGAUCGAGCUGCAUUUAAACGGGCCUUUACAGUGGCUCGACAGGGUUCUCACGCAGAUGGGUUCGCCACGGCUUCCAUGCUCAUCGAUGUCAUAAGGCGAGUAAUCGACAUUUCCAAGUGCGCGACUGAGCACGCAAAUAGACAACCGUUUCCGAGAGUUGAAACUCGAGAGAAAACCGCACCGAGGCUUCUAUCGCAUCUACAUUUUUUGUCCGGUGCGUACAGAAUUCUUUGGGAUGACUUGAGAAAAAAAAUGCAAGAUGGUUAGAAAAAUAUCCGCUCGACGGCGCCAGGUGCGCUGUCACGUAUCUUUACGUCUGGAUGCCUCGCUAUUACUGAAAAUAAAAGCAUUCAUUUUCAUCCGGUCGACGAUAGAGCGCGCAUGCGAAUGGAAAUACAGAGAGAAGACGCAUGUUUAUUAGCUAAGAGUAAACGGAAGUCGAGUUCCGUGUCCGACCGGAGUGACUUCCUGUUUAGGGCUCGACCAAAUCCACCGAUAUAAAAAUGUAGAUUUAUAAGCAUGAUUGUUUUAAGUGAAAAAGAAAACAUGGAAGGAAGAGAAGAGAGACAUUCAAAGAACAAAAAAGGCUCGUAACUGACUCGCGCACUUUUUAUUAUGCGCACUAAAAAUUAUGAAAGAUUAAAAAAAAACAUUGAUGACUCUAAGAACACUAAGGACGCAUAUUCCACGCACUAUUUGAGCGCGAAUUCUCAAUUGAACGCGUGCGGCACCUAUCUAUAUAUACAUACUGUGGUUAUGAGAAGUAUAUGUAUAUGUAUAUACAACACACACGACACACGUACCAUAAUUGAUAUACACGAACCAGGGUGAAUUGAAACAUAGACGAGUAUACAUAUGUAGAUUGAAGCGAAAUAUAUUAUUAUAAUGUGUUGCUACCUUUUACAUAUUUUUAUGAUAUGUAAGGGAAACCCGCAUCCGCUGUGUCUUCGCAAGAUACAUAAACGUUAUUUAUAUACCAGACCGUCAAAGAGAAUAAUGGGCGCGCGAAAUUUCGCGCCGUUCUUUAAUAUUAUAAAUAUUAUACAAACAGAUAACAAUAGGUUCUCGUGCAUUUUGGCCGAAACUACGGACACGUCCCGAAACAGUCCUCCGGAUAUUGAUCCUUUCCUGGGUCGUAAGACAUUUUUUUACUAUCUUUUUUUUUCAUUUUUUUUGCGGCUGAACAACGUCACUUCAAGAUACGAUGGUACUACACUUUUGUCUUUUAAUAUCAACACUUAUCACUUCGUUGCUUGAUGUAUAUAUAUGAAAGAAAAAGAAAAAAAAUGUACUCAUUUUUUUUGUGCUACGUGACAAUGUAUUGCCAAUCGCGAUGAAAAUGAGCUGAUAAAACUAAAAAUCAGUGUAUCCAUGUGUUAGAAAUUAUAUGAAUUUUUUUUUCGCACUAUACAUAAUUACAUUAUAGAUACUGUGUCGAGAUAGUCAGAAAUCAUGAAUGUGUGUGUAUGCCUGUGUGUAUGUUUUAAACUCUUGCCUCCCCAAAUGGACGACUGAACCUUCGUUUCCUCCAACGGUAAAAGAGACGAAGAGUGAUCGUAGAGUAGCAAAGAGUGAAAAGAAAUAGGAAAAGGAAAAACACGAGUGUCCUUGUCAUUCGCGUCAUAUAUAUACAAUUCAUCGCGUUUAAAGAAAAGAGAGAGAGAGAGAGAGAGAGAGAGAGAGAGAGAGAGA